AACGUUGGAUCAUAAAAUAGAUCUUUUGUCUACAAGGAUUGCUUAUUGUGAUAUUAGUUUAGUUUAAGAGUUAUCUUACCAUUAUUUAACUUUUUUGUUCGCUUAUUCAAUAAUGUUAUUAUCUGGGUUCGUGUGCGUGCAUAUAUAUAGUGAUUAUCAUACAUUUGUAUAGGAUAACAUACAAUCCAAAACGUAAGAAGUAUUUCGCCGGUAUUACGGAUAUGAGAGCCGUGGUCAUGGAUCUGUACCCGUGUCUGUUGCUGCUGUGCAUGGUAACUGUGUACGUCACAUUCGCGCAACAGCCAAGUGAUGAGGACUGGCUGGAGCUGGAUACCCCGCAGGGACCGGUGCGUGGUCGCAGAGAUCCCGAAACAGAAUUAUACGUCUUUUAUAACAUACCAUAUGCAACGGCUCCUGUCAAGGAAAAUAAAUACAAGGCACCCCUUCCACCACCAAUAUGGAAGACACCACUGGACGCUAUCGACAAGCACGUAAUCUGUCCACAAACAACAAUAUCAAUAGCACCACUGCCUGAUAACUUAGUGACGCAAGAGGAUUGUCUUAUUGCUAACGUAUACGUGCCCGAUACACGUAAGAAAAAUCUCACAUUACUUGUUUACGUCCAUGGAGGAGCCUUUGUUAUGGGAUAUGGUGAUGCAGCAAAAAUGACGAAUUUGUUAAAAGAAAAAGAUAUAAUACUGGUCACUUUUAAUUACCGUUUGGGCAUUCAUGGCUUCUUGUGUCUUGGAACUGAGGACGUUCCUGGAAACGCCGGGAUGAAAGACCAGGUUGCUUUACUUCGCUGGGUGCGAGACAAUAUUGCAAGCUACGGAGGGAACCCUAGCGAUGUUGCUUUAGCAGGCUACAGUGCAGGUGCCGCAGCAGUCGACCUCUUAAUGCUCUCAAAAACAGCCGAAGGAUUGUUUCAUAGAGUAAUCCCCGAGAGCGGAGGAAACCUUGCCGCAUUUUCAAUUCAGAGGGAUCCAUUAGAUAUUGCCAAGAAUCAUGCUAAAAGAUUAAACUUCACGAAAGUUGAUGAUGUUUACGCUUUAGAAUAUUUCUAUAAGACAGCAUCAUGGGAACUAUUAACUUUAGACUCAUUUUAUGAUAGAACUGACGGUACAUUUGUCUUUUCACCGUGUUUGGAACGAGAAACAAGGGAAGAAGCAUUCUUUACAGAAUCUCCUUUAAGUAUUUUACAGAAGGGUUCCUAUAGAAAGAUACCUGUAUUGUAUGGUUUUACCCAAAUGGAAGGAUUAAUGCGUGUGCACGUACACUAUGAAGACUGGAAACAUAAGAUGAAUGAAAAGUUUUCGGAUUUUUUAUCUGCUGACUUAACCUUUAAGACUGGAGACGAAAAAGAAGAAGUAGCCAACAAAAUUAAGAAAUUCUUUUUUGGAGGUAAACAAAUUGGUGAUGAUAACAUUUUAAGUUACAUUGAUUAUUUUUCGGAUACCAUAUUUGCUUACCCCAUGCUUUGGGCUGUUAAGCUACAUGGAGAAGCUGGAAACAAUGAAGUAUAUUUGUAUGAAUAUUCUUUUGUGAAUGAAAACACUCCGCUAGUGCCUCAAACUAACAUACGGGGCGCGGACCACUGUGCUCAAAGUGCUGCUAUAUGGGAUGGUGCAAAUUAUGCACAAGCGAAUGAACAGCUUGUCACCCCAGAAUAUUUGAGUAUGAAGAAAACUAUGAGACAAAUUUGGCGCAACUUUAUCAGAACUGGAAAACCCGUGCCGGAAGGUUCAUCACUGCCCGCGUGGCCGGCGGCAGGCGUGGACAGGGCGCCGUACAUGUCUCUGGGACAGAAGGUGGAGUUGCGUCACGAGCCGCUGCUGGAGACACGCUACCGCUUCUGGGAGGAUAUCUACCAGAAGUACUACCGAGCUCCUAUACCUCCACCAACACCGGAAUCUCCACGAUGCCAAGACUUAUAGAGAUAGAAUUUAAUUAUUGCAUGGAACUGAGAAGUAACUUUUUGCUGCUAUAACAGUGUUAUCAACUCUGUUAAAGGAGCAAAUUAG